AUGGUCAGAAGGCUAACGACAACGGCCGUCGAUCUGACCAUCAUCUCGCGAAUAAAACAGCUGCCACGAAUUGCCUACCCAGUUAACUCUCCUGCCUGCUGCUUUUUUGGAGACCCACUCAGCGGACUACGUAGACAGGCUGCUUCCAGCGUUCCACCGAUGACUUUCGCGUUGGCAGCAGAGAACGCGGCAGACAAUUUUGACGGCACUCGGGUGCUGGCUCCUUUCUACCGCCUGGCUAGACCCGUGCCACAUUCCACUCCACGUGUUGCCUGCAGUUAG